AUCCUGGAGAGGAUUAAAAAAACUCAGUGCACUGCUCUUUCAACAUCAAAAGAAAAACGAAAGAUUCGAAGGAAACCAUGGCUCUGGUUCCAACGUCUUCGAGUCUGAGCAAUGGAAGCCAGUUGCCUACGAUGAAACCAAGCAGACGAACAGAAGCGUCGACGACGACAACCGCAUCGCCCACGACAAGCGGAACGACGACCAAAUUUCKUUCGUCGACCUCCCUGUCCCUGUCGGUUCUGCUGUUGUCGACGUUUGUCGCAGAAAUCCUGGGCAGCGGCCUCCAGAGCGGGCCCUCCUCAGGACCCUUCUACGCCGGGGGAAUGUAUCUCGACAAGGAAGRCCAAAAGCUCUACAUGACAGGGAUCCACUACAGCGACGAAAUCGUCGCSAGCACGGCGAGCAAGCUGUUUGCCGGAAACGAUCCCGCCACCACCAUGCCCUCGUGUUUCCUGGCCUCUAUGCGGCUGGAAGAGAACCCGGAGUCCUCCGGGUACAUCUUUGACGGAAUCGGCGACUGGACCUCCCGGGUCACCUCCAAAAACCGCUACGACGCCGAAUCCUGCACCGCCCUCGCGGUCCACCAGCCCUCCCAGAUCGUCGUGCUGGGAACAAAGGAGGACCCCUCCCUCAACACGCCCSCACUGGCCGGAAAYAUUGCGGUCUACGACCGAAACCAGGUGAACGGGGACCAGCUCACGGAGGCCACGCUCAUCAGCCAGGACGACAAGAUGAACCAGCUCAUCUAUCCGGUGGCCAUUGCUCCCGACAGCCGCUUCUCCGACUACAUGUACGUGGUGGUCCUGGCCUCCUCCGAUGCCWUUGACAACACGGCCAGUUWCACYUCCGCCACCGAGCCCUACCCGGACUGGCUCAAGCACCAGAAAUACGGAUCCUCCUUCGACAUGCACGUCUCCAAGAUACAGAUCGCGCAGGGCACUGGGAGAAACUCGGGCUUUGACGGGAUCCCCACCGGMUCGAUCACCGCCUCCAAGGCCUGGACGACGGAGUUUCCGCUCGAUCCCUCCUCGCAGAUGUCCYCGCCGCGGGUCUUUGUCGGGGGWAUUCUCCACAAGACUACCGCGGACAACAAGGAUCUGGUCAUCGUCGUCGGUUCGACGAGGGGCACCGGAACCGGCUACGGAGAAGCCGAGGGUAGCGACGAAGACGGAUUCGUGACGGUCCUCGAUCCCGAAACCGGAGAGAUGCUGGGAUCCGGGGCCAGGGAGGGAUCUCCCAARGACGACAUUGUCACGGGUGUCUGCGACGAUCCCAACGAUCCCGGCCAUUUCUUCAUUGUCGGGGGCACCCUGGGACGGAUGGGAAGGCUCCAGAACGACGAGGACAAGGUYCGGCUGCCCACCGAGAUGCUCUCCCCCUUUUUGAGGCAGGUCCAGGUCGAUCGCUCCAACUUCAACGACGACAGCAACCUCUGGACGCUGCAGUGGGCCGUCACCAAGGGAUCGKCCAACCGGGCCGCCUAUGGCUCCGCCAUUGCCUGCGCCGUCGACGGUGACUACAUCUACGUGGCCGGAACCGUCGACGACGGAGCCGCAGUGGUCCAGGGAGAUUCCCCGCGGACCUCGCAGGGUGGAGACGACGUCUGGAUCGCCAAGGUCUACAAGGGCACCCAGGGCGUCGAGUGGAUCACCCAGCUGGGGAGCGAGGGAAACGAUCGGCUGGCCCGGUACGGCGGGCUCACCAUCGACAAGGCCGGAAACCCGAUUUUGUACGGGGACACCAACGGGAGUCUCUACCGCCAGAGGGGAAACGACGAGGAAAGCGGGAUGGGCGACAUGUUUGUYAUGGCGAUCGAUGGAUCGACGGGGGAGGUCAUUACGAACGAGGACCUCGUCUCCCAGAAGCCCUAUUUCGGAGGGAGUUCGUCGCAACAAGUCCUCAGCGUGGACGACGAUAUUGUUCAAGACGACCUUGUUCAAGACGACCUUGUUCAAGACGACCUUGUUCAAGACGACCUUGUUCAAGACGACCAAUUCAGCGAGAAUGAAAUGACCGACGACGGAGGCGUGGACGACGGAGUCAUGGACGAUGACGACGACGCGGAUGACGACUUUUUUGACGACGAUACAUUUGACAAGGAUACCCCUGACGAUUCUACCGAUUCAACCCCUACSCCCACCAUGGWACCCACCUACUACACGGACUGGCCCACAAACGACGAAAACAGGGGAAUCAACAAAGAACCCACCGGAGUUCCCACCUACUUKACGRACUKKCCCACGAACGACGAAAACMGGGGAAUCAACCUASUAGRCGAUGACGAAUGGAAUUACUACGAUGGCGACGAGAACCCACAUUUCUAUAGACCCAUCGGAUUGCAGAUCGCCGGACCGUCUUACGCGGGGGGGAUCGCCUACGACUCGCAGCGAAAUGCUGUGCUUCUGUCGGGUUCCACCUACAUGGACGCCGAAAUGGAAAUGAACGAAAACAGCCUCUGCCUUACGGGAGUGGUCGAUCUGGAGACGGGAAACCUCGACGUCCGAACCCCCCGCGGAGAUCCUGACUCGGAAGAAGCCUGCAACGCCGUUGCCUUUGACACCAACCGAAACGCUGUCUAUGCGCUCGGCCUUGCGGAAAGCGGUAACGGUGGCGAAUUCGUUGGCGGGGGAUCGUCGUGGGACAUGGGCCUGUCCGGUGACAAGGCCUACGGAAACAUUUUCCAGAUGAACCACGACGUCCAGCUGCUGGGCGGAAACCACGUCGUCGGCUACCCAGUCCUUCACCCGGUCUCGAUCGUCGCGGACCCCCUCGACAASAAAGCCGUUUUCGUGGCGUCCAUGGCCUCCGAGGAAGCCAAUGGGAACGAUGACUACACGAACGCCUAUUUCCCCAACUUCUUAUCGCGRGAGAAGCAAAAAUACGGAUCGAACUUUUUCCUCGUGAUCCACCGCUUCAUGGUCACGGAGGUCCCCGGACAGUCCGAAAACGACGAUGUUCCCAACACCCUCUCCCAGACGUGGGAAGCCGUUUUCGCUCCCGACAACAACGGCCUCUUGGUCGGAGGAAUGACCAUGGUUGGAAACGGGCACGUUCUGGUCGUGGUGGGAAGCACACGGGGCAGCGGCGGGCCCUUCGAGCGAGUCGGUGAAGGCAGAACGGACAUGGAUGGUUUCAUCAUGAAGAUAGAUCCGACCACCGGAGACUUGGYGGAGCGCUCCAGCGGAAGCAAGUCAUCCACGCGRCUGGAUUCCAUCAACAAGAAGGACGACUGGAUUCUGAACGUGUGCAACGAUCGAUUCRACCACGAUGCCUUCUACGUCGUCGGAAAAUCCACGGGGAAGAUCAGGGACGUUACAGAUGGCGAACAGCCACCGGAGGGCUCCAGCCACGCCUUUGUKGCAAAGGUCGAGGUGAAAUCACUCGGUGCCCUGUGGCUGAAGCACUUUGUCAUGAAAGGAGACGGAGUGAUGGAGGCGGGGGCAUACGCCUGCACCGUGACACCCGAUUCCAACGGAGAAAACAUCGUCUACGUCGGCGGAACCAUUAAAAACGGAGCCACCCUGCAGGGUCUUUCGGAAUCGGCUGCACCCUUUGGAAAGGACGACAUGUUUGUUGCUGCGAUGAACGGUAGCACGGGAGAGACGAAGUGGAUCCAGCAGGUAGGAACUCCCGAAGACGACCGACUAGCAACGACCCAGGCGCUAGACGUCGACUCGUUCGGAAACGUCGUUGUUUACGGAGAAACCUACGGAGACUUUUACGACGCUCACGAGGGCCCCGAAGGCUCGGCGGAUCUGGUCAUCUUUACCAUGAACAAGAAGGACGGCAGCUUUCUCGCCCCAAGAUCCGAGGGCAAGGGUGUCGGAGGCGAUACGGCCGAAGAGAUUGCAGAAAACGUCGAUAAUAUCCCUGAAGAGUCCAGCCAACCCAGUGGCAUUGUGGCCACUCAGACCAACUUAGACAGCAUCCCGUCGUACGCAGGGGGCAUGUAYUACGACAAGUUUUCAAACGCGGUGUAUCUGACCGGGGGCACCUACACAUCGGACGGYAAGAAUCUUUCCAAGACGUCMCAUUGUAUAUUCGCCAUUGCCACGCUGCCCCAGUUCCAGUGGAAGCAAAAUAUUUCGCCCGGCACGGAGAGAGCUCCCGAGGCAUGCAGUUCGCUCACUCUCGCAAACUACCAAGGAAAAUCGGAAGCCAUCGUGGUGGGAUCGUCCGAACCCUCGGGGCUGAUGACCGAGUUGCGCAGCAACCGCAGUGGAAAACAGUAUGGAAUGGUUAUGGAUUUUGUAAACCAGGACGGAAAUUACGGUUUGGUGGGGGGAACCACUAUCGAUGAGGAAAAUGUGCAAUAUCCCGUCAAGGUUUUGAGCGACAACGACAAAGUAUUCGUGGUAUCAAUGGCAUCGAAGAKCCAGGAGGUUCGACCCGAAGCCGACAGAGCCGACGGCAGGAAGUAUCCGAAUUUCACUACCGGAGGAAUCACAAAGUAUGGAUCCCACUACGAGAUUUUAUUGGAGCGGCAUACAAUAAACCAUGACGAGGAUAUGGCUCCCGGCUCGAUGCAAACCACUAUGGAUAUGAAUUGGCGAAAGCCCCUUGAAACUGCUGACCAAAAAUCCAUCUUCCUAUCCGGAAUGACGAUCAUCAAUUCUGGGCAGAAUUUGGUKGUUGUUGGAAGCACACAAAGUGACGACGAGGGGUUCGAUGGGAUCAUGGCCAAGGUUUCCACGCAAACUGGAGACUUGGUCGAAGAAGGAGAAAAUGGGGAGCGAGGCGUUGCUUAUUUUGCAUCUAUGAAUGGCAGCGACGAUUGGUUGUUGAACAUUUGCACCGACCCAGAUGACGACAGAUACUUUUAUGUCACGGGAGCUACGGGAGGCACGAUGGAUGGUUCUGUAAGCAGAGACGAUGCCGAUCUCACUGUUCACGCGGUUGUCGCCAAAAUCAAUGGCAGCACUCUAAACAUCGAGUGGACGACACAGUUUGCGGUGACCCACGCCGACGGUGGWACCRAUCGACAGGCAGCUUCCGUUGCUACUGGUUGUGCCGUGGCUGCCGGUUGGGGUCACAUUUAUGUUGUCGGUGAUGUGGAAAAUGGAGCGGUGCUCGAAGGUGCGAUCGAAAGCUCCGGGGGAGACGACAUUUUUGUCGCCAUGCUAGAAACAGGCAACGGAAACAAAAUCUGGUCCGAACAAGCCGGAUCCAGUGGUGAUGAUCGUGUUGCRCGCGGUGGAGGAAUUGCUGUGGACGAGAACGGCAAUGCCGUAGUAUAUGGUGAUACCACUGGGUCCUUUCAUCGGAAGCGGGGCAGGUCUUCGAGUCAUACAAGCGAUCUGUUCCUAAUGACUUUCAACCACGACAACGGUGCUCACCAAGCYUCUUUAAGCAAGCAAUCAACCGAUAAGACAAACAAUUACAACAAUUCUGUGAAGMCCGGGAAAGCACCAGCCGAAUGGUUCGGUGAGCAGGUUMAAAUGAAUUCCAAAACACUCGGCAUUGUGAUCGGUUUCGCUGUGUUAGCGACUCUCUUGACUUUUUGCGGAUGCUUUUUCCGACGCAGAUCGAGAAAGCGAGCCUACAAYGUCAAAAAGAAUUCGAUUUUCACCUAUUUACAACGAUUCAACGUUGAGGACGUGGAUUUGCGUAAGUCUCCUGCGGGUGGAUGGCACGGCACCUACCUCAACAAGCUUGCCUCUGGUGUGAACACGAAUGCUGCUUUGAUACACGCUCCGUUCCGGGACGAAGAAUUAGACGACGAGGACAAAAGCCUGUUCGACUCGGCGAAAAGUAUAGGUUCCAACGCCAAGAAGGGCUCGUUGUUCCAUAGCAGCUCUGCUGCUGGCUUCGGCGGUUAUCGUGACAAGAAAGACAGCUUGAAAAGCAGCGAGAUCAAGGCCGACAAGUUUUCCAUCGUUUAAAUAGAGAUUGGUGUCUAGAUGCACGACAAGAGAACCCAUCCAAAUUUAGGCAUGGAUAGCUUUUUGUCAAYYUUACAUAUAAACCAUGUACAGUAUAAUAAAAGAAUUACGAUAUU